GUGAUUAGUAAACAUUAAUUCAAGUGUAAGUAAUUAGAUGACUAAUGUUAAGAGAUACUUAUAAUGUUAUCAAGACAAUAUUUUUUAUAGUUCCUAGUAGUUUUCCGUUGACGUCAAUGAACCAUAUUUGUUAUCAGAACCCAAAAUAAUCUUACGUAAAUUUUGUAUAAAUAGAAGUAGUUAAAUCAUUGUAAAAUAGAAGACGUUGAACAUUAGAUGUGAUCGUAUAGUUAUCUGUAACAUUGGUUGGUGUAAGUCAAAUUAUAAUAAAGAAGAACAUGGCUACAUCACAAAACCUAACAUCAGCAAGGGGAACAUACUCUGUCAAUAUCAAAUUCAAGUGAAAGAAAAGCAGCGCACCAUAUUAUCUAGGGUCUCACUAUGAUAAUCAAAAGGCAUUUCCAAAACGUCUAUCCUUCCUUUGUCUAUGGAUUCCUUAUUCUUACAAGUUUGAUGAAAGUACAUCCAAUGGCCAAUGCUGGUGAUUUGAGAAAAAUGUGCAACUGGACUCAAACAAACCAGACAAAUUGCACAAGGAAUGAGACUGGUUCUCGUAAUCAAAGUGAUAAACCGAAGAAAAGUUUCUCACUUCCUCAAGAUAUAUUAAUAACAACAAUGGUGAUCUCCACAGUUGGUGUCCUUACAAAUGGUCUUCUUAUUGUUGUUAUUGUGAAGGAUCCUUUAAACAAACUAAGACGAGGACCGUGGAUUACCAUCUUAAGCUUAUCUAUAGCUGAUUUCACUGCAUCUUUGUCUCAAUUCAUGAUGGUUGGAUUGGGUAGAUUGUUCGAGGUCAAACCAUCAGAAGCUGUCAUUUAUCCUGUCCUUUUCUUUUGGAUGUUUGGGGCUGCGGGCUCAUUUUUUCACUUGACAUCACUCACAUGGCAAACUUACAUGAUUGCAAAGUAUCCCAUACGUAGCCGACAGAUGUUGUCUACCAGAAAAAUAUACAUAUUAUGCGUGACUGUUUGGUUGAUUGCCAUUGGCAUGGCAUUUGGUGAACUCAUAUCAAUUUUUGCCGAGAAAUUUGACCACGUUAUGUACACUUAUAUCACGCUACAUGCUGUUUUGGAGAUUGCUGUUUUACUUCAGAUCAUUUUGAAGUGUUUCAUACUUAAGGUUGUAUUGCAAAGUCGACAAGACACUAAAGUAAAUGCUGAACAGCACAACACUAAACACUUUGAAAUUGUAAAGACAAUCAUUGUGCUGAAUGUCUUAUUACUGGUAACUGCAUUUCCUUAUUUUGUCGCCAAACAAGUGGAGUUUAUUCAAAGGCUUGGAAAAAUACAAAGUGAAUUGGCUGGACGUUUUUCUUACUACUACGAACCAGUUGCCAUGGUGAAUUUCGCUGUCAAUCCAAUUGUGUAUGCACUGAGGCUUCCAGAUUAUCGAAACAGUAUGAAGGCGUUGUUUAGAAAGAAGAAUACUGUUUUUACUCCAACAUCCAAGUCAACGACCUUUUCCUUCCGGUCCACCAGUGAAACAUCAGCGAUGUAACUACAUCGUUCAUAACUUUAUGAUUAAUAUAUAAAUUUUUUAUUUGGGUAUAGUAUAGGUAAUAUUAGCAUAGUCUUAAAGAGAAGAUGAAAGAAAAAGAAACUAUCAUGAUUUGUAGCGAGAUUUAAACUGACUAAAACUUAAAGCCACUUUUUGACUUUUCUUUUCAUGAGAAAGAUCAGCAGUAAAAUACUUCUUUAACGGUACAUAUCAUGAAUCAAAUAAACCUUGAACUUAGAGACGUUACAUAUUCGACCAGUGCUUCGAUAAAAAAUUUAAAAGAAAAAAUGAGUCUUGCUUGUUUGUUAAGUCUUCUAUAGCUUGUUAAAAAAAUGACAAUAUAACGGUGGGCCGUAGAACGGUUAGAUUUGGAUCCCUAUGUCCCUUGGUAUAUGCAGUUGCGCCAUGAAAUCAUACACUUGCCACGUAUCGUUAUUAUUAUUGCAUUAUAUUUAAUCAUACGAGUUUACAUUCAA